AAGUCACAGGACAAAUUCCCCUUCGAAUCGCACUGCUGAUCCCGCCCGCCGCAAGUGCAGUGGCUCAUACUCGCGCGCACCGUACCCCCACCCGGUCAGGACGUUCAUUCCCAUAUCGCUUUACCCCUAAAGAUUUCCCCACAUAAUAGAAAAUCUCACAGGACCGACGAUCUUACAACAUGGCCUCAGGUGUCACUGUCAACGAUGAAGUCAUCAAGGUCUUCAAUGACAUGAAGGUCAGGAAGUCAUCCUCUACCGAAGAUGUAAAAAAGCGUAAAAAGGCUGUGCUGUUUUGCCUCAGCGAUGACAAGAAGAAGAUCAUCGUAGAGGAGGGCAAGUGGAUCCUCGUUGGUGACAUUGGGGAGUCGGUGGACGAUCCAUACGCAUGUUUCGUCAAGCUUUUACCGCUCAACGAUUGCAGAUACGGCUUAUACGAUGCCACAUAUGAAACAAAAGAAUCCAAGAAAGAAGAUCUGGUAUUCAUAUUUUGGGCACCUGAGGGUGCGCCCUUGAAAAGCAAGAUGAUCUAUGCUAGCUCUAAAGAUGCCAUUAAAAAGAAGUUCACAGGUAUCAAACACGAAUGGCAAGUCAACGGAUUAGACGACAUCCAGGACCGCGCCACCCUGGCAGACAAGUUGGGAGGAAACGUGGUGGUAUCACUCGAAGGGUUACCAUUGUAAACGGAAAAUACUACGUGCCAUCUGGAUUCCAGACGCUUUCAUCUUAGCAGCUGUAUCUAUAGCAUUUGAAUCUAAAGGAAUAGCUUUAGGCUUUUUUGGUCUGUAUUUUUUCCACACAAUGGAAGGAGAUCUCAUUAACAUAUGCGAAAGCCUACAAGUUAUUUUGCCAGAAAACUUCAACUCCUUUUUUUUUUUUCUUCUUACCUUCAAGGAAUGAUCACACAUCACAGGUUUUUCCAAAACAAAUAUGAACAGCAACGCCACACUACCUGAGAUGAAUAACACUCCCACAAUAAAAACAUUAAAGAUUAGCACUGUUUUUGCAUUCUUCGCCACUUAAACAAUGAUGACUAAAUGCUCAGUAGUAUAGGGACAUGGGAAUGCUUUCUAUAAUGCCUUGACAGUCAUAUUCACUGCCUAGGUUACAGCUAAUGGCAAGUAUUUUGCACUCAUGAUGUUUUCAUAUGGCUGACUUAUUUAUUUACAAUGUUCUAUUUUAUCCAAUAUGUUAUUUGACAUGGCAAAACACGUAAUAGACUAUGCAUAUACUAAGCACUUUGUUUAUAGACUACAAAAGUUGAGGCAAAAAGGUCAAGAAUAACUAAAUAAUAUCUGUAUUUAUGUUAACUAGAUAGAGAUGUUACCAGUUUUCAUUCCUUUUAUGCAUAUGGACAAGAACAGAUCAGUAUUUGACUGUUCAAUUGCAGCCUUACUUUCAGUUGAAUGUACAGGACACCACAGUAAAGGGGGGUUGGUGCUUGCAGUUUUUUUUAACACUAAAAUAAAGAUAUUUCAAAUAUAUCAAUAAAGAUGGCAAUAUGUGCAUUUGGAGCCUUAAGUGGAACAUUGUUUUUGAGAUUGGGCGAGGAGGUUGCCACUUUACAAUAAAACCUUGUGGCAGAUAACAGAAAUAAGUGUCUUUUGUUCUGUGUGCAUCUGUUCAUCAGGAGGGCUGGGCAACAAUAAAGAGAUACGUGACUGAUUUCCUCUAACAGAAAAGAUCUGGUCUACAUGCUGUGUUCUGCUACAAUGUAUUCGUUAAUGUUUUAUUCAAUUAAACCGGAUGCAGUGGG